AUUUUGCUUUCAUUUCCAAUUCAAUUGAAAACUUUUACUUUCUUUUAAUUGAAAUGUGCAAUCUACAUAGUGCCACUGUAGCUAAUAAGUAAAUCUUUUCCUUCUUAAAGAACGUAGAACCGUGAUUACACAAUUCAACAACUAAGCUAGUCAGCAAAAAUGGGUCGCAAAUUUUGUGUCGGUGGCAACUGGAAGAUGAACGGCGAUAAGGCCAGCAUUACAGAACUGGCGAAGGUGCUCAGCACAGGGCCAUUGAACGCUGACACUGAGGUGGUAAUCGGUUGCCCAGCACCAUAUUUAUCGCUAACCCGUUCCUUACUACCGGAUAGUGUGAAUAUUGCCGCUCAGAACUGCUACAAAGUAGCCAAAGGAGCCUUCACCGGUGAAAUCUCACCGGCCAUGCUGAAGGAUUUGAACAUCGGUUGGGUCAUUCUGGGCCACUCGGAGCGACGUGCUAUCUUCGGUGAAUCGGACGAACUAAUCGCUGAUAAGGUUGUCCACGCUUUGGCUGAAGGUCUGAAGGUUAUUGCUUGCAUCGGGGAGACCUUGCAGGAACGUGAGGCCGGACAAACGGAAGCCGUUUGCUUCCGUCAAACCAAAGCCAUUGCCGACAAGGUCAAAGACUGGAGCAAUGUUGUGAUUGCUUAUGAACCGGUAUGGGCCAUCGGUACAGGCAAAACAGCCACUCCAGAGCAGGCACAAGAAGUACAUGCAGCUUUGAGGAAGUGGUUUACCGAAAAUGUUUCUGCCGAUGUGGCUGGUUCAAUCCGCAUUCAAUACGGAGGUUCAGUUACCGCUGCCAACUGCCGUGAACUUGCUGCCAAACCCGACAUCGAUGGAUUUCUGGUUGGUGGUGCUUCUCUAAAGCCAGAGUUUGUUCAAAUUGUCAACGCCAGACAAUAGAUGCCCAUAAACUGUAUCUGGCGUAUUUACAUACGUGAAUGACGCUAUAUGUGAAGCUAAUCGUUCUCUUGGCGUUUAAAAGUAGUGAAAGAUCCAAGACAACCGUUUAACCUCUGAAAUAAUUACGUAUUUGCAAAUCAUAACUUCUUACCAUCUAAGUCAGCGGUUCCCAACCUUUUUUCGGUUCGCGUACCCCCUGACGGAUUUCCCUAUACUAUUCUGCAGCGAACUAAAAUUUUGGCGAACCCCUGGGGGUUCGCGAACCCCCAUUUGGGAACCGCUGAUCUAAGUGAUAACAUUACACGAAAAUUAGUAGUUUGGUCUAUUUAGUACAUUCGAGAACACCACCCUCACUCUUAGGUUUAAUGAUCUACCUAUUUUCUAGUCGACGGAACAACCAUCACCAUCGUUGUUAGGAAAAGGCGUUUAUAUUGUUUUUAGCUAAAUAACCGUACACUCAAUUCCUUUUUCAUAUGAUUUAUGUUUUCGAUUAUUAAGAACAUUAAGAACCGUAACACUUAGGAGCGAUUCGCAAAUUACACGAGGACAAUUAUUGUUACAAUUACAAUUGCGCUGAGUAAUCUGCCGAAUAUAGGAAUCAUGUCGUUUAGUGACCGCACAACAAAUUCGUUGUUUCUGCAUAACUCGCAAAUAAAAGGGUUUGUUUUGAGCUAAAUUUCAAAGUACACAAUACCUACAUCAAAUUCUAAUGGUUCUCAAUAAAUUUGGGUGUCUCCAUCAACCAUCGCUUCUCGGGAAUGAGUUUACCCAUUACUACUACGCUAUAUGAGAAUUCGUUCUGUUUUAUGCUCGACCCUAAUCACAACUUUAUCUCAACUAUCCACAAAUUUCCGAUCUCUUAACUCCCUGUUCCGAUAUCGGUUACCAGGUAUCAGAAUUCAUUUGAUCAGCAUGAUUUAUUUUGGCUCUGGGAUGCCAAGUGUGUCUAUCUUAGCGCAGCAUGGAAGGCAUAGCUAUUUCUUAGUGACGACUUGGUGCCCUCAGACACUCUGAUGAACUAAGACAUGAAAAUGAAAUUGGUCAAAAGGGUUUCAUGAUUUUCUGUAAGUUUAAUAUGGUAUUCUUCAAUCGGCAAAAUCGAAUGAGUUUUGCUCGUUCGAAAUAAGUCGAACGAAAUAAAAAUCCGUUCGAAAUAUUUACAGAAUGGGGAUAAGCUGGGGCCCAAGAUUAACUCACCUUGCUGGGGCCCUCGCUGAAGUUGUUUGCAGUAGGAAUAAUAACAAUACCAAACUCCCAGAUCCUCUACUCCCCUCUCAACCCUAUAUACAUAUGUCCCCAAUACAAAGACUAUAGAUUACAAAGGCGCCGAGACACUCAAAAUGCGCUUAAUUUUGAAACAAAACGGAG